AUGGCGGUGAAUCAGAACCAUACCGAAAACCGCCGUGGGGUCAUCGUCCCUUAUGGUGAAAGUAUCUUGAAGCAAUGUCAGGAUGUGGUGCUCUCCUUUCCACAGCACCCAGGACAACCAGGAAGAUCCAAUCUUUUCAGUGGCACAAAGAUGGGAAUGGUGUUUCUUACUUCAUACCGGGUCAUCUUCGUGACUUCACACACAGUCAGAGAUCCCCUGUUGUCUUUUAUGAUGCCACUUGAUCUACUGAGGGACUGUACUGUUGAACAACCAUUUCUUUCCCCCAACUACAUUAAAGGCACCAUUACAGCUGUCCCAGAUGGUGGCUGGGAAGGACAAGCUAUUUUUAAAUUAUCCUUCAGAAAAGGAGGUGCCAUCAGCUUUUUCCAAUCGAUGAGUCAAGCUACUGCUGCUGCUGCCACAGGAGUUCCUUUGGGAAAUGCAAAUUAUUGGUAUGGUGGGCCAGCCAUAUAUGUGGUGGUUCCUGAGCAGAUGACCGUGGAAUGUACCCCAGAGACACCUUGUCCAGCCUAG